AUGUGGCAGUCCAUUGUCAAUCCCACUUACAACCCUUACUCGCCUCUUCGCCCUUUGCCUGGCAUCAUUGUGACCGACCUCUCUCCAUCACGUGAAGUCCUCUCGGUUCACUUUGUUCGCUUUGACCAUUCUUGUCCUCCUCCUGCCGGUGUUCCUUGUGUUCACGAGGGCAACAAAGUUGUCUCUGGUUCUUGUGCUGGUGUUGGCGCUGCUGCUGCUUCGGCUUCUUCUGUUACUGCUUGUGACAAAGUUGCCCAUGAUCACGCUGAUGAUGUUGCUCCUUCUUGUGGUUCUCCUCUUGGUACUUCUGGUGACUCUGAUGAUGACGAUGUCUCUCUUUCUGCUUGUGGUGGUCUCGAUUCGGCUUGUGUUGGUGAUGGUGUCGCUGCUGCUCCUGGUGAUAAGCAUGCUUCUUUUUCGGCUGGUGUUCCUCUUGGUCCCGAUGCUGUGCCAUCUGAUGAUGAUGAUUUGAGUGCUGAUGUGGUGGCCUCUGAUGGUGUUGAUGGCUCGCUUCCUGUUGGUGGUGAUGGCCCUGUUCCUUCCGUUGUUGGUGAUGUUGCACCUGCUGAUGUUGAGGCUGUUGAUGUUGAGGCUGCUGAGGACGUGCCUGCUGUUGAGGACGUGCCUGUUGUUGUUGCUCCUGUUGAGGACGUGCCUGCUGUUGAGGACGUGCCUGUUGUUGUUGCUCCUGUUGAGGACGUGCCUGUUGUUGAGGACGUGCCUGUUGUUGCCGCUGUUGCUGCUGUACCUGCUGUACCUGAUGUGGACGAUGUGGAUGCUAUGGAAGUUGUUGAGCAUGAUAUUGAUGAUGACAUUGAUGAGCUGUGCUUUCUUUUCCACCACUUGACUGCCGACGAUCCUUUUGACGAGGAUACGUAUAUGGCUCCUCCCUUUGAUCGGCGAUUUGUGGAACCAAUCAAUUGGAUGGAAAUCGAAAACGACCUCCUUUCGGUGAUGUCAACGGAGGCAAUCAUUCCUGAUCCUGAACCAGAGCCAAUGGAAGCUGAACCUUUGUCACCUGUUACCGCAAUUCCCACCACCACCAUCAACACCGCUGCUUCCAUUGCCAACGCCAUUCCUUCAUCCACCAACAAUACCGACACUCCUUCAAGCAUCACCAAUACCGCCACUACAGCCAUUACUGCUAUUCCUAUGGAUAUUGAUAUCCCUUAUGCCAACAUCCACACCGCCAUCCCCUCCACUGCCAUUAAUACCGCUACUGCUACCACCACUACUACUGCUACCACCACCACGAUCGUUACCUCUCCUCCUCGUCCUGCCCCUCUUUACAACCCUACCAUGGCCCUCAUCCAAUCACGUCUUCAACGAAUCCGACAAGCCAGCAACCCAUCUUCAUCAUCAUCCGCAACCACCACCACUACGACUACUACUACAACCUCUACUCCUGCCACUAAUUCCGCCUCUUCGUCUUCCUCAUCCCGAUUUCGCCCUGAUAUGCCUCCUCCACCACCUCGACCACGACGAUCUAUGCCAACAUCUAUGCCAUCGUCGUCAACAUCAUCAACCACUAUUACUUCCGCUACCCCUACGCCACCUCGUGAAUCCGCAACACCACAACAACAACAGCCAACAUCGCCAUCAACCAUCCCUGAUGAUGUGCGUGAGGCACGUGAAGCCCUCGGUCUCUUUGACUGA